AUGGACGACCAGGCCCUGCAGAACCUCCCGUUACAGUCACUUCGCACCCGUCACACUCCAUACAACAAGGGGUCCGAUGGUGGUGAACGUGACUAUAGCGGCAGCAGCAGCAGGGCGAGUGGGAGGGGAGGGGUCAGGGGGAGAGGCAGGGGAAGAGGCAGGGGGGAAGUGGGGAAGAGUGGGAAGGGGAGGGAAAGAGGGAGGGGAGAGAUAGUUCCGACGGGCAGACAGGAGAAAGCGUGGGUGAGACGUGGUAGACCCGGGGAGGGAGGGAGGAGGGAGGAGGAGGAGGCAGAUGAGAGAGGUGCGAGAGCGAGGGCUGCUGCGCUGCAGAAAUGGCUGGAGGAGGGGUACGCGCUCCUGUAUGGCUCCCAUAACCUUCCUGAUGCCCAUAGUGCCCCUGAUGUCUAUGGUGCCACUGAUGCCCAUAGCCCUCUUUAUGACCAUGGUGCUUCAGAUGUGCAUGGUACUCGUGAUGGCGUUGGUGGCAGUGAUUAUGCUUAUGUUGUGCAUUCAGAGAAAUCGGGUACAUCCACAGGAAAAUCAACGGCAGAAGCAGCAAAACCAGCACCAACAGGCCUGUCACGAGCAGACCCAUCAGCACCAGCCCAACAAGCAGCGACAGAAUCAGCACCACGAGCGUCAGCAGAGUUAUCCUCGUCUAAGGGUGCUUCGUUUCUGCAAGUCCCGUUUUUGGAGGUGGAGAAGAUACCGGAAGGGCAGAGGUCGGCUGUAGCGUCAGCUGUAGCCAGGGAGAUGUGGACGGCAGGCGCCGCCCAUAUCGUGGCGGAGAUCUGCCGCCAGGUAACCCCUUCCCCGCUAGCUGCCGAGCUUGGCCGCUCGGUCCUGCCCUGGACGGCCCACGAUGACGCCUGGCUGUUUCCUUCUGCUCCUGCUUCCAGUUCUGCAAAGGGUGCUGCUGGUGCUGGAAGCAGGAGCAGGAGCAGCAGCAGCAGCAGCAGCAGCAGCAGCAGCAGCUCUGCUGGUGACUCUGGUACACCGUUUACUCGUGCUCCUGCUCGUGGUGCUCCUGCUCGUGGUGCUCCUGCUCGUGGUGCUCCUGCUCGUGGUGCUCCUGCUCGUGAUGCUCCUGCUCGUGAUGAUGCUGCUGCUGGUGCUGGUGGUUUGAGCAUGGGUCGGAUGAAGAUGAGGAGAAGAAGUACAAGCCUUGAAGCUGGUGUGCAGGAGGCAUUAGCAGGCGGCUGGCAUGCCACAGAAAGUGGGCAGCAUGCAUCAGCAAGUGGACGGCAUGCCACAGAAAGUGGGCGGCAUGCAGUGGCUGAAG